UAAGCUUUUGUAUGUUCCAGCGAUUCUGCAUAUCGAAAGUAGCACUGACUAAAAGCGUCGAUAACAUAGUAAAAGUGAUACCGUUCAGUUAUGUCAUUCAUUCCUAUUUCGUAUUGCAAGAAUCAUUUACAAGAGCGCAGCUUGAAGCCGAAAAAUUAUCCGGAUCGCCAGCCGCUGUUGCUUGUAUUCUUGAUCUUUCGGGCCUUAACAUUACCGAUUUCAUCAACCCGCUAAGCAUUUCUGCUAAAUUUGCACGACUAAUUGUCAAAGUAUGGGCCGACUACUUCACUGAA